AUGGUAUCUAACAGAAUGAAACCAUUGAUGGAAGAAAUAAUCUCUGAGUCACAAAGUGCUUUCAUCCCAGAUAGAUUGAUAACGGAUAAUAUCCUACUGGCUGCGGAGGUAGGGCAUUUUUUGAAUAGGAAGCAGUGUAGAGUGGGGGGAUGGAGUGCUCUUAAGCUGGAUAUGGCAAAGACAUAUGAUCGUGUGGAAUGGUCUUUCCUUAGAAAGAUGAUGCUGGCUAUGGGGUUUCAUGGUGGUUGGGUGGAAUUAAUUAUGAAGUGUGUAACCUCAGUUUCUUACAAUAUUCUGGUAAAUGGCUCAAGAUGUGAUCCUAUUGUGCCAACACGUGGUUUGAGGCAAGGGGAUCCUUUGUCCCCAUAUCUAUUCAUUAUUUGCGCAGAAGGUCUAUCCCUAUUAUUACAGCAGGCACAUACUGUGGGGUCAUUACAUGGAUGCAGGGUAGCCAGAGGUGCUCCCCCAAUUUCACACUUAUUCUUUGCAGAUGACAGCCUCUUAUUCUUUAAAGCUAAUGUGGAGGAAGCAAGUGAAAUCAAAAAAUGCCUAUCUGUGUAUGAGGAUCUGUCAGGGCAGGCAGUAAACUAUCAUAAGUCAAGUAUAUGUUAUAGUAAGAACACAAGUAUGACUGAUAGGGAAAAUGUGGCUGAGAUUCUGGGAGUGACACAGGCCCCGAAUUUUGGUAAAUAUUUGGGACUCCCCUCUUUUGUUGGAAGGCACAAGAAAGCAGUUUUUGCAUAUAUUGAGGACAAAAUCCGCCAAAGGAUUGGAUCAUGGAAUAAGAGGCUGCUGACUCAGGCAGGUAAGGAAAUACGGUUGAAAACAGUAGCACAAUCUAUGCCUACGUUUUCGAUGAGUGUUUUUUUGCUGCAUAUAUCUGUGUGUACGGCAAUAGAGAGAACUAUGAAUCGAUAUUGGUGGGAUUCUGGAACUGACAAGCGAAUACAUUGGAAGGCUUGGGAUAAGUUGUGUAUCCCAAAGAAGUAUGGAGGAUUAGGUUUUAAAGACUUACGUGCGUUUAAUCUAGCAAUGCUGGGGAAACAGGCAUGGCGGAUGUUGACUAAACCUGAAUCUAUAGUGGCUCGUGUGUAUAAAGCCCGAUAUUUUCCUAAAGGAUCUUUUUUUGAUGCACAGAUAGGAAAUAAUCCCAGUUUCUGUUGGCGAAGUAUUAUGGCAGCAAAAAGUAUAGUUUGCAGUGGGGUAAGGCGCAGAAUUGGUAAUGGCGAGUCUACACUCAUAUGGGCUCACCCCUGGUUACAAGAUGAUCAUGACCCUAUGGUACAAACAGAAAUGUCAGCACAGCUGCAGGAAGCCAGAGUGGCAGGUUUGAUUGAUCAACAAACGGGCACAUGGGAUCCCUCAAUUUUAACAGAUUUGUUCCAACCCAAUGAUGUGGAGAAUAUUAUGAAAAUACCUGUAUCCCCGGGUUAUGAUGACACUUGGUACUGGCAUGGAGACCUGAGAGGAAUGUACUCUGUUAAGAAUGGAUACAGGCGAAUUGUUGGAAAUCAUCAAAAUAAUAAUGGGACAUUUGCAGAAUGGUUGAAUUUUUGGAAGCUCAAAAUCCCCCCAAAAUGGAAAAUGUUCAUCUGGAGAGCCAUUAGUGAUAUUUUGCCUACCACAACCAACCUACUUAUAAAGAGAGUGGAUGUGGAUCCACAUUGUGCCAUGUGUGGAAUAUUACAAGAACACACAAUGCAUGCCUUAGUGUUGUGUGAUUUUGCUAAGAACACUUGGGAACAAUCCAACCUUACAAUUCCCAACAUUGACACAAAUAUUUUUCAUGUUUGGUUUGGUGAGCUUUUAAAUAUUCUAGACUCUGAUGGAAUAUUAUAUGCAGCAGCAAUUCUUUACAAUAUAUGGAGAGCAAGGAAUAUGGCGGUUUGGGAAGCAAAGUUACCACGACCGAUCACCAUACUCAGGAUCGCCGCUGCAGCCAAGGAGUCGUGGACCCGGGCGCAUCCACCACCUGUAGCCCGUGCUGCCCCACUGCCGACCGAGCCGCCUUUGGCGCAGGAAAAUGCCGAACUGAACCACGCCGAGCCGCACAUUGUCGAGCAGCACGAUGGGUCGCCCAAGAGAAUUUGUUAUGUCGAUGCGGGAUUCUUGCCAGAGACAGGCCAAGCUGCGGGUGGAGCUGUUCUAGUAGACACGAAUGGAGCUUAUGUUUCGGCUCAUGCCGGACCACUCCGGAAUUGUACCUCGCCGCUUAUGGCCGAGGCAUUAUCAUGGUUGAAGGAUCGGGGAGAACAAAUUGUCGAGAUAUACACGGAUUGUCUAAUGCUACAUCGCUAUCUUACCACACCAACCGUUGCGUUGCGUACAUACCUAGGCUAUGCCAUUGACAACUGCAGGCUGCCUGCAUCUUUAUUUCAGUCUUAUGAUCUUAGAACAAUGUUGUAA